UUUCUUCACAACUCGAAAAGGAAAACAAUGGAUCUUAAGCUUUGUUUUUGUGUACUUCUCUCUCUAAUUUUCCUGGUUGCUUGUGGAACAGAAGCUAGGAAAAUGGUUGAAGGAAAUGAUGAAUCUCUCUUUGUUUCACAAGACAAUCAUCAACAAGCAUUAAAAGCAAUUUAUGGUUCCGAAUAUAAAUGUAAACAAGGAGCUGAAGACAAACAUCAACAAGAAAUUUCAGGUUUGAAUUUUCCUUUAUUGCACCGGUAUAGAAAGGGAGCGGAAGAAGACAUAUAUCAACCAGAGAUUUCAGGUUUGAAUGAUUUGUCUUUACUAAUCACGUAUAGAAAGGGAGAAAAAGAAGACAUACAUCAACAAGAGAUUUCAGGUUCGAAUGUUCCAUUACUUUUUUCCUAUAGAAAACAGGGCAAAGACGAACAGGUGAAAAAAGAGAAUGAACAUAUCCAUUCAUCAUCCCAUAUACAUCCUUCUGUAAAAUCACUUUUCUUCCUUAUGGAUGAUCUAAAGAUAGGGAGCAAAAGCCAUGGAAGAUGUGUUGAGAGUAUGUGAAUUACAAUCACUAAUGAAGGGAGAGACAAAGUACUGUGCCACAUCUGCAGAAGCAAUGGUCAAUUUUGUUCAAGGAUUCAUGGGAGAGAAACCCCAAAUCGAAGCUCUGUCCACCACAACUCACUUCCUGGAGGGGCAUUCAACUACUCCCCUCCAAAACUAUACUAUUCUGGAUGUUCAAGAAGUUGCCGCUCCUAAGAUGGUGGCGUGUCAUAUGAUGCAUUGUGUUUACACCGUUUUCUACUGUCAUCACAUAAUUGACGAUAAAAGAAUGGUGUUCAAGGUUUCGUUAGGGAAUGAAGCAAAUGGUGAUAGAGUGGAAACCAUGGCUGCAUGUCACUUUGAUACCUCUGAAUGGAGUACAUCUCAUGUAUCUUUCCAAGUGCUUGGUAUAUUACCAGGAACAUCACCUUUCUGUCACUUCUUCACGUCAAGUAAUGAUAUAGUGUGGGUUCCAAAAACAAUUGACGCUGGACAUGAAGUGCGCAGUUUGAAGGAGCGGAGCACCUAACUGCAUGCAUGCACCACACAUGUUAUCUAUUAUUGCCUAUGUGUGUGUACUAGUAUUUGCUUGUAUCUGCUUUCUGCUUUUCCACUAAACAUGUUUAAGUGCGGUUUGAUGAUGUUAAAUAAAUAAAAUAUGCUUGCCCUAUUAGCAAUAA